AUGUGUCGUGGGCAGCUGCAGACGCUUGAAGACGGUUUGCUCACCACGCCGACAAGUGGCAAACGCAGAAAGCGUCCAAACCGGACACGCAAAAAGCUGCCGCCACGAAAGAAGAGGGUCAGCUUGAGUGGCAUCACGAAUGCCAGUACUGACGCGGGCGCGAGUGAGCCGAGCGAUUUUCAGGAUGUUAGUGACGGUGAUGGCAAUCCCGAGCGAGAGCAGCUUGAAGCAAUGGCGUACACGGUUCUGAGCAACAACGCAUGGCUACUGCAGCAUGCCCAGCAGCUGCAGUGCGAGCUUCAGCAGGAGAGGCAUCAGCGGCUUGGCAUCCAGGAACAGCUCCAGGCAACAUGCACAGCCUGGAGGACGCUGCACGCCCAGCUUUGGCAAGAGAACGAGGGGCUGAAGUUUGUGAACCGCUGCCAGAUGCAGCAGCUGCAUCACACCAAUCAACAGCUGGAGGAUUGUUCCAUGCAGUGCCAUCAACUGCAAAAAUGGCUUAUCCAAAUGGGACAACACCAUUGGCAAGAUGCGCGCAACCAGUGCAGCGCUGCUAGCGCGAUUGCCUCCGAGCAAAUUCUGCUGUGCGACGAGGAAGCUGGGUGUAACGCUCUGGCUAGCGAUGUGGAGACGCUGCCAACCGUGAAGUGCCGGAAGAUGAUGCCGCGAGUGGCCAAGGAUCCCGUGGCAGCGGAGGGCGCGCCUCCAACUGCUGCCGUGCUCUCGCGAGACGAUAAUCCCAGAAGGCCAAGGCUGAGCACCGGCAGCAACGGUAGCAGCACCUCCGCCGGCAGUGACAGCAGCGGCACCACCGACAGCAGCACCCUCCUGUCCGCAGAGGUGGAGCUGCAGUGUCACGCCGAGGACGAAGGGCGACAGCUUCGUGAUGAUCGGCAGGCCUUGGCGAAGCCAGAGGAUGCCGCUAAGCACGUUAAUGCAGCUUGCCUGCUGGACGGCGAUCACUGCGCUGUUGGUGGUCCGUCCUCGGAGACCUCGACCAUGACAUCAGCCGAAGCAGCGAUCGAAGGCAUCGAGGUUGGCACAGGGGAGUGCACCCCAAGGGACCUCUUCGUGCCGGACCUGUUGCCCUACCUGAGUGUGCGGGAUUUGCUGAACUGGCGGCUGCUUUCGCGGCGCACCAGAGGCCCCAAGGUCUUGACGGAGCAUGUGGCCGAGAUGGGCUGCCUGCACAGGCCAGAAGCAGUUCUCGCCUUUGUGGAAAAGAUGGAAGCGAUUGGAAGCAACCCGGAUACGUUUCGCACAUCCUUCGAAGCAGCGUUUGAUGGCGAUGCCGAGCAGCAGAAGUUCCACGAGUGUCGGUGGUGGUGUAUGAAGCUGGCGUCCAAGAGACAGACACAUUUUGCCGAAAGUCACGUUCGCCGCAUUGUGGGCAACAAUCUCCAAAGCUUGCUUCGGCACUGUCGGAGUGAGGAUGCGGACAUUGCUUACGCCGCCGACCUCCUUGUUUUCAACCAUGCUUUUGGUUCCCUCCCUUUUGUGCAGCAGCCUGUAGCAGAAGCCAUGCUCGAUCUGAUGGAAGAGUUGGUGAUAUCCAACAUACCCGCCAACCUGGCGAAGAUAGAGAAUUGCAUCAGCGGGCUUGGCCUGGUACUGCGGUCGCUGUGCAAGCCCCAGCGGCAGAAGUUGGCGUACCUUAUGGUCCAACUGUUGAUGGACGAGAGCAUUUCCGACAAAACCGGAUUGCUUUGGAGGCUGAAGCUGCUGUGGCUGGCUGAUGAGGACCCCACGCAGACAUAUGCAGAGGCACAACAGCUGCUGCGAAGUCUCGAGAAGUCCAACACAGACCUGCGGGCUGCAGUUCGGGUUCUCAUGUACUGCAGCUGUAGCUGA